AUAUUCACACAUUUUUUAAUGUCAAAUAUAUAGAUUUAUAUAGAUUUUAUAUAAAAUUGUGAACGUUUUUACAUAUAUAUUUAUACAUAAAUUAAAAUAAUAAAUAAACAUAUAAUGAGAUUUAAAAUUUCUGCACAAAAUCGUAAUGGUCACAAGCGUUUAGUAACUUGUGUUGCAUGGAAUUCAACAGAAGAAAUUUAUUCUUGCGGAGAAGAUCAUUUAUUAAUAUCAUGGCAUUUGGAAGGUGGAAUUGCACAUUCCAAUAUUAUUACAGAAUUUCCUGAUGAUUUUUAUCCGACCGAUAUGCAAUGGCAUCCGCGACCAAAUUAUGCAGUGUUAAUUACAAAAAAACAAUCAUUGGAUAUUCUCUUAAUUACUACAGCUGAUGGAAAAUUUCAUUUAAUUAAUAAAAAUGGACGUAUAGAAAAAAGUGUAGAUGCUCAUAAAGGAGCAACAACAGUAGGUAGAUGGAGCAAUGAUGGCUCUGCUCUUUUGACUGCUGGAGAGGAUGGUUUGAUAAAAGUAUGGUCACGUAGUGGCAUGCUUCGUUCUAUUAUAGUUAAAGGAAUGUUUUCCAUAUUAUCUGCUGCUUGGAAUUUAGAUUGUACAACAGUAUUAUAUUCUCAAGGAGCUCACUUAACUUUUCAAUCACUUAAUUCUAAUUCUAAACCUCGAAAGUUAUUAGCACACGAUGGUCUAAUUUUGGUUUUAUGUUGGAAUCACACUCAUGGAUUAAUCAUUUCUGGUGGGGAAGAUUGUAAAUAUAAGGUAUGGGAUUCUAAUGGUACUCAAUUAUUUUCAAGUAAUGUAGAGGAUCAUCCUAUUACAGCACUAAGUUGGAGUUAUUCUGGAGAUUAUUUUGCUGUUGGAUUAUUUAAUACAAUCAAACUUUGUGAUAAAACAGGAUGGUCUCAUUCAUUAGAAAAAAUUAAUUCUGGAAGCAUAUAUAGUAUUGCUUGGUCAAGUGAUAGUACUCAAGUAGCUAUGGCUUGCAGUAAUGGAAAUGUAUUAACAGGUCAUAUAAUAGACAGGAGAUUGGAGUGGAAUAAUUAUGAAGCCACAUUGAUUAAAAGAAAAGUGAUUGAAAUCAGAGAUGUGGGUAAUGAAACACGAGAAGAAUUAGAGAUAUCAGAUCGUGUAGUUCAGCUGGAAUUUGGUUUUGAUUAUUUAGUUGUAAUUACACCAGCACAAUGUCAUGUUUAUUCGGUAGUAAACUGGAAUACUCCUGCCAUAUUUGUUUUGAAAAAUACUAGUGUAUCAGCAAUACUUCUUGCAGAAAAGCAUUUUUUAUUGAUUGAAUGGAAUUCUGUAUCAUUAUAUAGUUAUCAAGGUCGUUUAUUAGGAACUCCAAAAUGGAAAGGAAUGACACAGGAACGACUUUAUUCCCCUUGUAUAUCAGUAUGUUCCGAUACUUUAGUUAUACGAUCGCAAAGUAACGAAAAACUACUUCAUGUAUUGGAAAUGGCUUACAAUAAACCUAUAACAGAAAGCCAGACUUAUACACAUCUUCAAAAUAUUACAAGAGUUGCAUUAAAUCACAUUGGCGGUGUAAUAGAUCGACAAGUAGCACUAAUCGAUAUAAAUAAAGAUUUAUUUCUUGUCUCUAUAAGAACCACUGGUUUUGGUAGAGUAUGUAAAAUAGCUGCUAUGGCACAAGAUAUUGCAUGGGCUACUGAUGCAAAUGUUUUAGCGGCGAUGUUGGAUGCAACAUUAUCUGUAUGGUUGUGUCCUAAUUGUGUACAUUAUAGUGAUCGUAAAAUUAUACGAAAGACAAGAAUCGAUAAAGAAAGCAGUGAAUUUGGUAAACAACCAAGUAUAGCAAAUGUUUAUAAUGGGAUAGUAAUGAUACGACGUGGUGAUGGAGCAUUAGUAGCUUCUUCCUUUUAUACAUUUUUUAUUAGUCUUUAUCAACAUAUUUUAAACAAGAAAUGGAAAGAAGCGUUAUCGCUUUGUCGAAUCGCUCAGAAUGAAAUAUUAUGGACUUGUAUGGCCGUUAUAGCAACUGAUAAUAAAGAAUUAAACGCUGCAGAAGAAGCAUAUGCAGCAAUUUCUCGAUAUGAUAAAGUUGAUUAUAUUCAGUAUAUAAAGAGUUUACCAAAUAAAACAGAAAGACUAGCAGAAAUGGCACUUUUAUCAGGAGAUUUGUUAACUGCAGAAGGUAUACUUUUGCAAAAUGGAUUAAUAGAGGAAGCUAUACGAAUUAAUAUCGAAAUAUACAAUUGGAAUAGAGCAUUAGAAUUGGCAAUCAGACAUAAAAAGCAAUUGGAUGAAGUAUUAAACACAAGAAAAAAAUAUCUUCAAAUAAUUAAUAAAAAAGAAACAAAUCAAAGUUUUCUUGCAUAUAUGGCAAAUGUUGCAAAGACACAAGAGAUUAUCGAGGACAUUUCAUUUAAACGAGAUGAAGAAUUAUUAGAAAUAGAAACACAAAAAAACGAAAUAUUUGAUCAAGAAAUACAUAUAUGAAAGCGUAACGGUAUUUUCAUUUAUACAAAUUACUUAUUAAAAUAUGUAAAAAUAAAUUACAAUGAA